AUGGAUAAACCAGAAAGUUCCUUUGAACAUGUGGACGAUAUUACCGGCCAAGAUAGCAUUUCAUUGAAUGCAUCGGAGCAAACCAAAUUGCGGCGCAAGAUCGACAUACGAGUGACCUGCGUCCUGGGAGUUCUAUACAUGCUUAGCCAAAUUGACAAAAACAACCUUGGGAACGCCAACAUAGCAGGAAUGAGGACGGACCUGAAGCUGGAUGGCUCACGUUAUUCGAUGGUAGUCUUGUUCAUGUUUAUCACAUAUGUCAGCUUCCAACCAGUGGCCGUGAUUCUUCUUCGCAAGAUGGGUGCGAGAUCCUAUUUCACCUCUAUUGCUUUGCUUUGGGGUACAACGGAAAUUUGUUUGGGAUUCGUUCGGCAGUGGUACGACUUGAUUCCCCUUCGUCUGCUGCUGGGAUUAUUUGAGGCUGGCGUGUUUCCUGGGUCUCUGUACAUGAUGACUUGCUGGUACCCUCGAUAUGAGCUCCAGCAGCGUGUGGCUCUUUUUUACUUCAUCGGCACCCUUGCUUCCGCAUUUACAGGGAUUCUGGCCUACGGAUUCUCCCAACUCGCAGGACGUGGAGCUGGACCAUCUUGGUGGUCAGGAACUGAAGAUCCCAGUGAAGGAGGAAUCGCUGGUUGGCGUUGGAUUUUCAUCAUGUUUGGUGUUAUCACUUGUGGGGCCUCACUGAUCUGUUCGCCUUUUGUGGUAGACUUCCCAGAAGUGGUGCUCGAGCGUGGCGUGCAAAAAUGGUCGGUGCCCUUUCUGACACCCAGGGAGGCAGAAUUUGUCGUCUCGCAAAUUGAAACAGAUCGCAGCGACAUUUACGCAGAAGAAUUCAAUCUACGCCAAUACCUACUUAGUGCAGCUGAUUUGAAGGUCUGGGCCCACGCUGCAAUUUUCUGUCUUACAACCACAACAAACUAUGCUGUCGUGUAUUUCCUUCCUAUCAUCUUCCGUGAGGGAUUGGGUUUCUCACUGGUCGCAUCCCAGUGCUUGACUGCUCCACCCUAUAUUCUAGCAUGUCUGUGGAUGGUGACUUUGGGCUGGAUAUCGGAUAGGCUGCGCAUCCGAUCGUCCUUUGUGAUUUUCAACGCCUUAUGUUCAAUCAUUGGAUUAUGUCUUCUCGGCUUCACAUCUCACACAGCAAGUCGACUGGUGGGAGCUUUCCUUACAACUGCGUCGGGUUCCUCUAACCUACCAUCCACCCUUGCAUGGCAAUCAAACAACGUUCGAGGUCAAUGGAAGAAAGCGAUGACAUCUGCAUUGAGCGUUGGUGCCGGUGGAAUUGGAGGUAUCAUUGGUGGCACUGUCUUUCGUACCGGAGACGCCCCUGAUUAUCGGCCAGGUAUCAUUGCGACUAUAAUAGCAAAUGGUCUUAUUGUUGUUAUCAGUUUACUUCUGGCCUUGAAGUAUACUCGUGCAAACAAGAGGGUGGAGAGUGGAGGGAAGCCCAUUGAAGGUCUACAGUCAUUCCGAUAUACCCGUUGA